AUGCGCUUCAACACCCUGAGGCCGGGGUCCUCCCUCCUCGCCUCCCUCCAAAACCUCACCCUCACCACCACAGCCGCCCCCAGCGCCGCCCGCGCCUUCUCAACAUCCACGCCGCUGGCCACGAAAACAAUCUCCCUCCAGAAGCUCCCCUCCUCGACCGUGCCGCCCUAUCCCUACGGCCCGCGCCUCCUCUACAAGCAGUCCAACCACGGCCUCUACGGCACGAGCCGCAUCCGCCACGGCCACAACGUCUCGGAGAAGCACCACCAAGUCACCCCCCGCACCUGGCGGCCCAACGUCCACCGCAAGCGCCUCUGGUCCGAGUCUCUCGGCGCCUGGGUCCGCACCCGCCUCACCACCCGCGUCCUCCGCACCGUCCGUAAGGAGGGCGGCAUCGACGCCUACGUGACCAAGAAUAAGGCUGCGCGCGUUAAGGAGCUCGGCCCGGGCGGCUGGAAGCUGCGCUGGCUCGUCAUGCAGACGCCCGCGUUCCGCGAGAGGUACGCCGCCGAGCGCGAGACCUUGGGCGUCCAGGGCGACAUGCCCGAGGACCAGACGGACCUGGUGCACUACAUGGUCGACGCCGCCACGCCGGGCCCGCUGAGCGCCGUGAGCAGAGAGAUCCUGGAGCGAAGGGCCAGCCAGAUGAUUGCUGAAGAGUUUGCGCUCGGCGAAGAGGCCGAGAUGUUCGAGGGCGGCGCCCAGUACGAGGAGGUUCACUUGGACGGUGCUGAGGAGCCCGCCAUCGAGGACAAGAGGUUACCGUAG